AUGCUAAUCGUACUCGUCUUCUCAAUAGUAGCUUCUGCUGCGCCUCAGUGCUCGUUCAAUAGCGGAGAUAUCAACGCCCGCUGGCAGGUCUCUGACGAUGAAUUAACGGUUGAAAUCGUGAACAAGAAUAUCGGCGACAACCAGUGGACGGGUAUCGGCUUCGGUCCGAGCAUGAAUGACCUUGAAGUGGUACUGGUGAAAAUCGAGAACAGCAAGCCAACGUUGCUCACGGGCUUCACAUCCAGCUACGGUCCACCAACGCUGGAUCCGACUGCAAAUGUCGUCCCAUCUCUGCUCAGCUUCAAUAGCAAUCAGCUUAGGCUGCGGUUCACUCGUAGCCUAUCCACACAUGGAGUGAGGAGCCACAGUGUGGAAGGAUGCCAGCAAUGGAACGUGGGUGAUUGUCUUGGCUUAGAAAGCACGUUCGGAAAAUUUUGA